AUGGGUAAGAAGAAGACGGUCGCCAUCGACGAUGACGAGUAUUUCAUGCCGCCAGAUGAUGAUUCACAGGAACCGACGCCGGCUCUGGCGCCGGCGCCGGAGAAGGAAAGUCGGGGGAAGAAGAACAAAAAAGGCGUCGGCGGGGGGAAAGUGCAGCGCGACGACAGUGACAAAGUCGAUGGCGUUGUCGAAUUGGAGAAGCAUACGGUUUCUGAUGUCGCGGAGGACGAGGAUGAUGCGGCGCCCAUUGUCUUCACCGGUAAGAAGAAGUCUUCUAAAUCUAAGAAGAGUAGUAAAACAGUCAGCGCUUUUAGUGCCUUCAACUCCCUCGUGGAGGACGAGGGACAUGGAGAUGAUGUCGAGGUCGAGCCCGAGUCACCGCCUAUCGCUAAGGUGAAACCCCAUCUAGAUAUUUUGGAUAGAAAUGGCGUAGGUGAGGGCGAAGAUGAUGUUAAAGAUCCAGAUUUCGUGGUGGAGGAGGUUAAUUUGAAGAAGCAGCAGCAAAAGAAGAAGAAAAAGAAGGGAGGGAGGAGUGCUCAGGAGGAGGAAGACCUGGACCGAAUCCUUGCCGAGCUUGGGGAGGGUCCUGCACCAAUUGCUACAGUAGCAGAAGAUUCUGCUCAGUCUUUAGCAGAAAGGCUGGAUUCUAUGCCCAUCAGUGGACCAGAAGGGGGAGGUGAAACCGUAGACAUGGAGUUGGAAACAAGUGGGAGGGGUGAAGGUGAGGAGGUCAAUUCAAAGAAGCAGCAGCAAAAGAAGAAGAAGAAGAAGGGUGGGAGGACAGCACAGGAGGAGGAAGAUUUAGAGAAAAUUCUUGCCGAGCUGGGGGAGGGAUCUGUAUCCUCCCAGCCGAGUACUUCUGCUGCCGCAACUGCAGCUACAGAUGAAUCAAUUCAGACACCGGCAGAACAGGUGGAGGCCAGUGCUGACGGUAAUGCAGAAGAUAAGGAUGGGGAAGCUGAAGGGGUGGAGUCUGCUGCAGCGAAGAAGAAGAAGAAAAAGAAGGAAAAAGAAAAGGAGAAGAAGGCAGCUGCAGCUGCGGCUGCGGUGACAGGAUCAGGGGAGAAUGCCGAAGAGAAGAAGGAAGAUAUUAAAGGGAAGGCAGCAGAGAAAAAGGUUUCUGACAAGAAGAUUCCGAAGAACGUUAGGCAGAUGCAAGAGGCCCUUGCAAGGAGGAAAGAGGAGGAGGAGAGGAAGAAAAGGGAGGAGGAAGAGAGAUUACGGAAGGAGGAGGAGGAGAGAUUGAGGAAAGAGGAGGAGGAGAGACUUGCUGAGGAGGCAAAGAGAAGGAAGAAGGAGAGGGAGAAAGAAAAGCUUCUAAAGAAGAAGCAGGAAGGGAAGCUGCUGACAGGUAAGCAGAAGGAAGAAGCCCGGAGGCUGGAGGCAAUGAGGAAUCAGUUCCUUGCACGUGGCAUAGAGCUCCCCUUGCCAGAGGCUGAAAAGGAGGUGAAGAAGAGGCCUAAGUACCAGACAAAGAAAGCUAGACCGGGUAUCUCAAAAAACGUUGGAAAAGAUGAGGUCAUGGAGAGCCAACCAGAAGUUGUUCAACCAGAGAUGGAGCAUGCUGAAGAAGAGUCUAUUGUUGAAGAGGAAUCGCAACCCCAAAUUCUGGAAGUUGAGAAGGAACCCGAGGAGAAGAUGGAAGAAGUACAGGUGGAGGAAGAAGACGAGGAAGAAUGGGAUGCAAAGAGUUGGGAUGAUAUUGACGUCAAUUUGCCUGCUACAAGCGCUUUUGCUGAGGAGGAAGAGGAGAAGGUCACUAAACCUCUGGUAAAAAAGAUUGAUGAGCAUGUGAAGUCAUCAGCACAAAUUGAAGAGAAGGCAAGCAAUGCAGUAUCUGCAAAGCCUGCCACAAAAAGGGUGGUUGCGCCUCAUGCAGCGCCAGUUAGUGAGAAGAAGGAAAAUGGACAAAAAGCUGAUUCUUUUGUUGACACAAAGAAGAGUAAGCAAGCUGUCAAGAAGAGCCAGGCCUCAAUCAGUGGAGAUUCCUUAUCAGAAGCUGAAGAUAAUCUUCGUUCCCCCAUUUGUUGCAUUCUUGGCCAUGUUGAUACAGGUAAAACCAAACUCUUGGACUGCAUCAGAGGCACAAACGUUCAAGAAGGAGAAGCUGGAGGUAUCACCCAGCAGAUUGGGGCUACAUAUUUCCCGGCUGAAAACAUUAGGGAGAGGACUAAAGAGUUAAAAUCAGACGCCAAGCUGAGGGUUCCUGGGUUACUUGUUAUUGAUACCCCUGGUCACGAAUCAUUCACCAAUUUACGUUCUAGAGGUUCAAGUUUGUGUGAUAUUGCAAUUUUGGUCGUGGAUAUCAUGCAUGGACUUGAGCCUCAGACUAUUGAAUCGCUUAACCUCUUGAAAAGUCGGAAGACGGAGUUUAUUGUUGCUCUGAAUAAGGUGAGUUAUGCCUGCCUAACAAUAUCUCAAUAUCUAAUGCUUCGUUCCCCCUUUCUGAAAAACAACAUAUGGACCUAUUAUUAAGCGUUUCUUUCUUCCUCAAUGGCCAGGUUGACAGAUUAUAUGGGUGGAAGAAGUGCACUAAUGCACCAAUCCAGGUGGCUAUGAGGCAACAAUCGAAAGAUGUUCAGAAUGAGUUUAAAAUGAGAGUCAAUCAGGUCUGUGUGUUUACCCUUCUUUGUACAAAACUUUGUAGUUUUAGCCAUUGUCAUUAGGUCACUUAUCUUCUGUUUCUAUGCAGAUUAUUACCCAGUUCAUGGAACAGGGCCUGAACACUGAACUGUAUUAUAAGAACAAAGACAUGGGAGAAACAUAUAACAUUGUUCCAACCAGUGCAUUCAGGUAUAUUUAUAUUUCAGAGUUUAUCUCACACUCGUUUCAUGUGGUAGGUUAGAAACCAAAGACGAAUGUUGAUACCUUGAUGCUAACACGUAAUUGUUUCCAGUGGAGAGGGCGUACCGGAUCUUCUUCUGGUUCUGGUGUUCUGGGCUCAAAGAACAAUGGCUGAGAAGCUUACAUUCCACGAUGAACUUGAGGUGCCUCCCAUCAUUUGCCUGCCCAUCAUCGGUUCUUGUGCCUCUCUGUUCUUAUGUUAAUUGGAUGAAUACCUUCCCAUGGUUCUUCGAUCUGGGCUUCCUUCUUUCUGCCCGGUUGUUCUCGAACACUUUAAUAUACCCGUUUUCAGAAGAGUCCUCUUUAUCUUCUGGUUGGGUAGUUCAACACGGUUCAUCUUUUUUUGUAGUCAGCUCUCUAGAAAACUGACGUCCUCGUUUGUGCUCUCUAUCUUUUCAUAAAAUUGACCUUUUCUUCUUGUGUGAUGACCAGUGCACUGUGCUUGAGGUGAAAGUGAUCGAAGGACUGGGGACGACUAUAGACGUGGUGCUGGUGAAUGGUGCUCUCCACGAGGGAGAUCAGAUUGUUGUUUGUGGCAUGCAGGUAGCUGUCUUCACUAUCUUUCUCUAUUCUCUCAUAGAUCAUGGCCCUUUCAAAAUUUUCUGAAGUAAUUCACUUUUAAUGCAGGGCCCCAUCGUGACUAAUAUAAGAGCUCUGUUGACCCCUCAUCCGAUGAAAGAACUUCGGAUAAAGGUGAGAUUCCUUCUUAAUGACAGCAUCAUAGGGAACUGUUGUUGAAGAACAGGUGGCCUCAGAAUCUGGUCUUUAAGAUAAAAACACGGUUUUUUGGGGACUUUAGGCCGAUGUUGACUGAAACAGGAUAGCCUGGGCUUUCGCUUUUUGGUCUGUAUGGGGCUAGCCGUUUCAGCCCAGUUGUGCAUGAUGGAUUUCUAACAUAGGAAAUAGGGGAGUUUCCUUUCCAGUGGCUGGACUUGAUUCCCUCGGUAAACUCUUGCCCAAGGGCCAGGCAAUGUGGGGAUCGAUCACCUGUGAAAACCCUAGUCUCAGAAUCUGUAUAUUCGACUACCUAAUUUCCUUCAUUCGGUGUUCUGGGUUUGUGAUAUUGGGAUUCAAAAUCUACAUCACACAUGCUAAAAUAUGUUCAAUAGCCUGAUUUUCUUCAUUCACUGUUCUUGGGUUUCCCCUGUACAGUCUCUGGUGCACUUAAAAUCUGUUUAAUAAUCUCUUCUUUUUUUUUUUUUCAUUUUGUGUUCUUGGGUUUCCCCUUCACAGGGUUCAUAUCUGCAUCACAAAACGCUCAAGGCCGCACAGGGUGUAAAGAUCACUGCACAGGUAUCUGCCAUUUUUGAAACCCAGAGCUCGUUCCUUCAUGGACCACCUUCCUUGUUGAGACUCUCAUCUGCCUCUCAAUCUUUAGGGACUCGAGCACGCAAUCGCCGGCACCGCCCUCUAUGUGGUGGGACCCGAUGAUGAUCUAGAAGAUGUCAAGGACUCGGCCAUGCAGGACAUGAAGACCGUCAUGAGCCGGAUCGACAAGAGCGGGGAGGGGGUCUGCGUUCAGGCUUCCACUCUGGGGUCUCUGGAAGCCCUGCUCGAGUUCCUCAAGACCCCUGCGGUUAACAUCCCCGUUAGUGGCAUCAGCAUUGGCCCUGUGCACAAGAAGGACGUGAUGAAGGCGAGCGUGAUGCUGGAGAGGAAGAAGGAAUAUGCGACCAUCUUGGCCUUCGAUGUGAAGGUGACCCCCGAGGCCCGGGAGCUUGCGGACGAGGUCGGGGUGAAGAUCUUCAUAGCAGACAUCAUCUACCACCUCUUCGAUCAGUUCAAGGCUUACAUCGACGCUAUCAAGGAGGAGAAGAAGAAGGAAAGCGCCGAGGAUGCGGUAUUUCCCUCCAUUCUCAAGAUCAUGCCGAACUGCGUCUUUAACAAGAAGGACCCGAUUAUUUUGGGCGUCGAUGUCGUUGAAGGCAUCUUGAAGGUGGGUCCGGCUCUCUCGCUCUCCUGGCUGCUCGGAGAAGACCCGUGUGGCUGAAGAAUUAGAGUUCGCCAGGAUCUUGGUGAUGAUGGUGUUGCGUUUUUUUUUUCUGGUUGCAGGUUGGGACUCCCAUUUGCAUCCCAUCGCAGGAUUUCAUUGACAUUGGGAGGAUCGCAUCGAUUGAGAUAAACCACAAGCAAGUCGAUGUGGCCAAGAAGGGGCAGAAGGUCGCAAUAAAGGUCUCUUUCUCUUGCUCCAUCUAUCUAUCUAUCAUCUUUCUUUCUGUGUUUAAUUGCUAAUUUUAGUAAGAUGGACGAUGAUUUGUACGGUUUGCUGGCAGAUUGUUGGGAGCAGCCCUGAAGAGCAACAGAAAAUGUUUGGCAGGCAUUUUGAGAUGGAUGAUGAGCUUGUGAGUCACAUCUCGAGGAAGGGGAUAGACAUACUGAAAGCGGACUACAGGGUAAUCUAUGUCGUCCCUCUGCUCCUGAUCUCCAUUAGGGGUUUCUUCCGGCCAUUGAUGGGUAAUUCGUCUGUUGGUGUGCAGGACGAGCUCUCUAAUGAAGAGUGGUUGCUGGUGCUCAAGUUGAAGAAGCUGUUCAAGAUACCCUGA